GGAAGGUUUCCGGCCGCCAUCUUCCUUAAGGGCGGAAGCUCGAGUUUCUUCUUUAAGUCAAGCGCCAGUCACCGCCGUGAAAUAUAAUCAAAAUUCUUAGGAAGAUGCAAAUACGUAACUUGCUAUUUUGCUCUUUAAAAAUUAAAGCCACGGCCUCUAGGAAGCAAUUACAGCAAUAACAACAGCAACAACAGUAAUAAUACCUUGGGACUUGACAGCAGCCAACUAGGGAAGUUUUGAGCCCACCAAGCUGUUGACAUAGAGACCAGGGGACGCAAAUUACAGAGCGGCUGGAGGAGCAAUGGAGGAGGAAGAAGAGGUUGAAGAACCCAAAGCAAAGGUGAAGGAGGUGAAGAUGUCAACUGUCGUUCUGACACUCUUCCCCACGGCUGUCACUGAAGAAAAACUUCAAGAAUCGAAGGAAAAAGCCAUCACUCGUAUCUUUGGGCCCGCCAAGACUUUGCUGAAGGUUAAAAACCCCCAGAGAGCAGGAGAUUUUGAAAGCAUUCUGAAGAGCAAAAUAGACGAGCACUGCCAAGAAGGUCAUCUUUACUUCUCUCAAGGGGAGUGGGAGAAAGCUAUCACUUGCUACACCAAGGCUCUGAAUCUGGACCCCAACAAGGUAGAACUUUACGAGAAGAAAGCGGACGCUUUUCUCCAGCUUUGUGACUUCCAGUCUGCCGCCAUGCACCUUCGGAAGGUCUAUCGGGUGUCGCCGAAGGAGGAGAUCCGAGAGAGGCUGGCCUUUGUUGUAUUCAUACAGGGUCAGUCUCUGUACGAGCAGAAGGUUUAUCUGGAUGCUCUCCACUCCUUCACUCACGCCUGCGAGCUCCAGCCUCAGAACACGCUUUAUCGCAUAAGGAGCAUUGCUUGCCUGGCUGCGAUGAACCGAUUCAACGAUUGCCUUCAGAUGGUCAAUGAGGAGGUGGAACUGGAGAAGAACAACGCCGAUCUCUUUGUCCUGAGGGCUCGUCUCUUUGAAUACUUUGGGAAGGCAAGCUGCUGUUUCUGCAACAUCCAAGAGGCCCUGGCCUUGGAUCCAGGCCACGUUGAAGCCCAGCUCCUGUUGAAGAAGAUGACCAAGGAGGCGGAGAGAUCUAAAGAUUUGGCGGUGAGCUUGGCCAUCAAAGGCAACUUGAAAGGUGCUUUGCUGAAGAUCAACCGGGCCAUCAGUUACAACCCCUUGGAUGAAAAGUACUUCCUCUUCAGGGGCACCCUCCUGCGCAGGCUGAAGGACUUCAGCGCGGCCAUCGAUGACUACCUGAAAGCCGUCGAGCUGUGCCGAGCGGACGAGGCCAGCGAGGUGCGACACGAGGCCGAGAAGCAGGUGCUGCUGAGCUACAACGACUUUGCCGUCCACUGUUACCACAAGGGCUGCUACGAAGAGGCGGUGCAGCUGCUCAACAAAGCCGUCAAAGGGGAGAAAAACGAAUUUGGCCUCUACGUAAACCGAGGGGACUGUUUUCUGAAAAUGGGCCAGCUGAAUUUUGCCAUGGCGGAUUACCAACAGGCUCUAGAGCUGCGUCCGUUAGACCCCAAACUCCGCCGGCGCAUCGCUUGGCUCUCCAACGAGACCGGAUUGCAAGACUUCCGCAAAAAGCAGUACCUGCAGGCUGAAACGCACUUCUCCUCCGCAGUGGAGAAUGACCCAUGGGAAGUGAAGUAUUAUCUGAAUAGGGCGAAGACACGCGUGUUUCUGCAGGAGUUCCUGGGUGCAAAGGAAGACAUGAUCAGCGCCCUGUUGCUGAACCCCAGCAAGGAAGAGGUCCGGACCCUGAUGGGCAACCUGUUUCCCGGCGAGAACCCCGAAUCCCUCCUCAGCAGCAAAGUGGGAGAUUUGACCAAAACUCUCCUGGAUCGAAAGCUGAACGCUUUCCUUGAAGGGAGGCCUCUGAAAUCAUCAGGAUCCGAACUCCGAACCAGUGUGUACGUUCAGAUCGAGGACCAACAGAAGGCCGAGGAGCCAGCAGUGAAGGAGGAGAAGGAGAAGGUUUCUGAAGAAAAAAAGCUGCAAAAGAGACUGGCCGAAUGUCAGCAGCAUUCGCACCAGGCCGACGAGGAGCUGAAAGAAGCACGUCAACAUAAGCCAACUCUGGAAUCCAAAACCGUCUGGAUAGACCCCUGCCCUCGUCUGCCCCCCAAGGAAUGCCCCAAGGAACCAUUCAACUGGAGAAAAAAUUAAGAAGGCAUCGGUCAGUUCGUUUCGGUAACCAGGAUCCCCAAAUCUUGGAAAGGGGGUGAUGCCAUCCCUUCUCCCCCUUCGGGGCUCAGAGUGACUUGUGGCAGACCCACAGGGCAAAGGGGUACCCAGUGGGAUGGUGCAAUUAGCACCAGAAUUAAUCUCCUCCCCCCCACACACACACAAGCUGCUUCUUGGGUUUGCAAGGAUCUACAAAGAACGACUGGCAAUUUGCAGCUUAUUUCUUUUGCGGUUUUUCUAGACUCUGGAAAAGACUUUAUAAAGUUGUGCCUUUCCUGGGUUUUUUUUUUUAUUAUUUAAAUAAAGCAAGCUUUUGAAGACCUUCAA